GCGAUACAAUGAAAAAACGUGUUAAGUCACUUUUGUCGUUAUCUUGCGCGUAUAUAAAUUAGUCGUUUGGCAGUCGUUGUUUAUAUCUUCGGCAAGUAAGGUUAACAGUACCCGCGUAAAAAAGGUUUUGUUUGUUAUUGCUGUUAGUGAAAAACAAUACAAUAGACAAAGUGAAAAACAAUACAAUAAUUUAAGUGAUUGUGAAGAUUAUGAGACAAAGCCAGUAAGCACAACAAAGAGAAAAUGUACGGGUCGGGUAAGAGAUGCUACCAAGUUAAAGAGGCUUCAGUUACAUGUAACUGGUGAUGCCUGUCAAUGCCGACGAUACAGAUGUUUUGAAAAGAUAACUGCAGAUGAAAGAAUGGACAUUGUACGAAAGUUUAAUCUAAUAAAAAGUUGGAAUGAUCAAACAGCCUAUUUAACAGGCCUAAUUUCACUUUGUCCAGUGGCCUAGCGCCGACCUCGAUUACCGGAAGAUGAGAGUGUCCUGAGAACUUCAACGUUUUAUUACAAGGUGCGUAUAGUUCGUGAGAAUGUAGCAGUUGAAGAGUGAGUUUGCAAGAAUGCGUUUGUUUCUCUACAUGGUUUAACAAGACGUAGAAUAGAAACCAUACAAAAGAGUCUCCAGAUGAGUGGAACUGCACCUAUUUAUAAACGCGGCAGACAUUUGCAUAGAAAACACAAACUAAGCAUUGAAACUAAAAACAAAAUUUUAAAACACAUUAAAAGUUUCAAGGCUAGAUCAAGCCACUACAAUCUUAAUAAAACUAAGAGAAUUUCUUUAUCUGCCGAGUUAAAUGUGAAAAAAUGUAUGAUAUGUUUAAAGAAAAAUUUCCUCAAGUUAAGGCUAUAAGGCUUAUAGUUAUGAAACUUACCGCUCCAUAUUUUGCAGCAAGUUUAAUAUAUCCUUUGGAUAUCCCCGUAGGGAUACUUGUAGCUUCUGCGACCAAUUAAAAGUACAGAUUGAUGCAUGCCAAGAAGAAAAGGGCACUAAGGAUUUGAUGUUUCAACAAAAACUACAUCUAGCGAAAACCGAGGUAUUAUACGCACGUAAAAAGCAGGCCAGGUUGAGGAGUCGAACAAAGGCAGACACAGAAGCAAUAUGCAUGGAUUUCGGAAGAAAUUUGCCUAUGCCGAAUUUAUCCACGAAUGAUGUGUACUACAGCCGGCAGUUAUCAUUAUUUUCAUUUAUUGUACACAAACUUUCAAAUUCUAAAGUAUUCUUCUAUGCUUAUCCUGAGACAGUAGGAAAAAAGGGCGCAAACGAAGUCUGCUCAUUUUUCGAUUCGUGCUCCGGACAGAAUAAGAACUUUCCAGUGGUCAAAUUUUUACAUUACUUAGUUCAUCAUCGUUCCAAGCUUGAGUCCAUUGAAGUCACAUUUCCCAUUCUAGGUCACUCCUACUUGGAAUGUGAUAAGGAUAUGGGGAUAUUAAACGGAAAGUUUCGUGCGGAAGUACCGGAUGACUGGUGUAAACACAUAGAAACCGCUCGUUUAAAGCCCGCACCAUUUCUUGUUGAAAAAGUUAAUCGUUAUAUGAUUAGAAAUUGGAUAGAUUUUCUAUCUGCAAUGUAUGUAGAAAAAUGUCCUUUCGCCACACGUCCAAUCCGGCCAUUAAAAAUUACCAAGGAAUAUUCUCGCUUAGUUUUUCAUCGAUAUACUUACAAUGGUCUUUGGAACUCGUCAGUUAUUGUACCUCCAAGAAAAAAGAGAACCACUGGUCCGCCGCUACCCGACGGUCAGUUUUACCAGCCACCAGUUGCAACUUUUGAUGAUACACCUAUCCCUUUGGAAAAAUGCAAGGACCUGCAGAAGAAGAAGAAAAAAUUUUGCACCUCAGAGAGUCAGCUAUUGUCACUAAAUUACAUGCCUAAUUAAUACUUUGUUUUUUACAGAUUUUUUCAGUUUAUCCCAU